AAGAUUUAUGUAAUUGGAACCGGCUUUUAAUAUAUGAAAGAGUUAGAACAUUUUUAACAUGUAUUAAUUAAUUGAAAGAAUUCUCUCGAGAAAGCAAGAACAAAUAGAGAUGUGUAAACGGAACAUCAUCAGAUGUUGAUUGUAAAUAUUAUAACGCCUCCCAUGACGAAGCUGAAAGAUAAUGACGUAUACCACAUGAUAUAUAAAAGAGAAAAUUCUCCGCAAAACAAAUGUAUUGAGGAACGAAACGUACUCCGCGCCGGCGCCGCCUGGAAACCUGUCUCAGGACUCAUCUGACACCUACAUUAAAAUUCUUCAAUUCAAUACAUUAGAUAAAAAUAUUCAAUUGAAUAGAAGGUUACUGUACUUGAAAAAUGGGGCUCAAAGAAAGGAACCACAAAUCUUUUGAUACAGAGAAAUCAAAAUCUUUGGACGCGGGAAAUAUAGAGGAGGCUCUAACGGCCACGGGUUUCGGAAGGUAUAACUUCGGUCUGCUGCUGAUUUGCAGCUGGACACUGCAGGCGAUGGGUAUGGACCUAUUCGGCACCAGUUUUGUGGUGGCCGCCGCCGUUUGUGAUCUUCAACUCACCAUGCAACAACGUGCUCUGCUCACUGCCAUGCCACUUGUUGGCGUGGUGGCAGGCGCGCAGCUAUGGGGCUACAUCUCCGACACGAAGGGUCGCCGGCUCACGCUAGUGCUGUCCAUGUCAGUCGGCUUCGUAUUCGCAGCUCUCAGCAGCUUCGCGCCCGACUGGAAGACUAUGGCCGUACUCAAGCUAAUAUCCUCUACAUUUACGUCUGCGAGUAAUUCAGGAGCAUACACACUGCUGGGAGAGAGCUGCCCGGAACGCGCUCGAGGUCGCUCCAUGCUGCUCUGUACAUGUUCUCUGAUGUGCUCGCAGGCGGUUGUCGCUGUAUUCGCCUAUCCCAUCCUGCCACUAAAAUUCGUCUACUGGAUCGACUUCUUGAGUAUCACGUACCGACCAUGGCGCCUCCUUGCCCUGGUGAUGUCAUUACCCUGUGCCGCUACCGCCUGCCUGCUGCAGCUCUACCACGAGAGCCCAAAGUUCUUGGUCUCUAGAGGGAAAACUGAACAAGCUCUAGAGGUCUUAAAGAAGAUAUAUGCUAUUAACACUGGAAAUUCGCCAAGCAACUUUCCCAUUACCAAAUUGAUAGUAGACGAGGACCAGACAGUGGCCCGUGAAGACUCUUUCCUGAAAGCAAUGUGGGAGCAGACGGUGGCGCUGUUCCGGCCACCCAUGCUCAAGGAAACUCUCAGGCUGUUCUACCUCGUCACUGUUAUAUAUAUGACUGGCAGCGGCUUCAUACUGUGGCUGCCGUACAUCAUGAACAACCUGUUCUCGGUGCUGGAGGCGGGCGGCGGUGAUGGCAUGAACCUCUGCACCGUCAUCCGAUACUCCACGGGACAAACUGAUGGUAAUCACACUAUGAUCCCAGAACCUUGCAAUGACACGAUCCAAGAGACGACGCUCCUCUCCGCUAUGAUGUACGGUGCUUUAGCCAGCUCAUCUAACCUCAUCCUGUCUCUAACAUGCGGCGGCAAAAAGAGAGUCGCCAUGAUGGGCAUCCUCGCCAUGUCCGCUGUCGCAGGCGUCCUUCUUAACCUCGUCAGGAUUCCCAUCGCUGGUGGAAUAUUCUUCUUCUUUUUCUUGAUGUGUGCUCUAUCUAUGGGGAUUCUUAGCGUCUACUUUGUGGAGCUCUACCCAACACAUUUAAGAGGGAUGGCUUCGUGCUUGUCAGUGAUGCUGGGCAGGUCGAGCGCCUUUCUCGGGGUGAACGCUAUCGGAGCUCUCAUAUCAGCCAACUGUGAAGCCACAUUCUAUGGAUGGUCCCUUCUACUAUUGACUGCGAUAGGUUUCUCCUGGUACUUACCGAGAGACAAGAAACCUGCGGAAUGAAUUAAUGUUAAGGCAAUAUUGGUGUUUAAAAAUUCUAGUUCAAGGCGCUGACUUCUCUCGUAGACUUUGCGCUCUAAAGAAACAUACGGACAGACUGAUAUAUCUAAAAGUCUUGUAUUUCAUAUAGAGACUGAAUAUUCUCUACAAUG